GGCGUCAAGUGGAAGAGAGCGAGGAAACGUGGCUUCCUUUGCCGGGGAAAAAAGCUCAGCAAAUGGGUCGCAAAAAGAAGACGCGCGAUGGAUGUGCCACACUCCGGAGGAUCGUCACUUUCGAUGAAGAAAACCGGCGAGAGUACUUGACAGACUUCCACAAACGUAAGGUUGAGAGGAGGAAAAUAGCCAUGGAGGAGAUCAAACGCAAACUGAAGGAAGAACAGAAGAAGAUGAGGGAAGAGAGACAUAAGGAAUACAUGAAAAUGUUGAAGGAGAGAGAAGAUGCCUUAGAGCAGUCUGAUGAAUUAGAGCAUCUGGUGACAUCCCGGACAGAGUCUGUGAGCUACGACCACCCAGGCCACACCGUCACCGUUACUACAGUCAGUGACCUGGACCUCUCAGGAGCACGCCUUCUGGGGCUGAACACCCAGGAGGAGGGAGAAAAAGGUGGCAUGGAAAAGGGGGAUGUCUCCAACCAGCCUAUAUUGCCUAAGAAAUCUAAAGAUCCUUUGCUGUCUCAGAGGAUCUCUUCACUCACUGCCUCAUUGCAUUCCUGGAGUCAGAGAAAGAAGAAAGGAAAGCUGACAAGACGCAAUCAAGUAAUAAAGAAGCCAAUCCAGAAACCGACUGCAGGACAUACAAGCAAGAGACAGCGGCGGAAAAUGACAGGCAUGUCCAGGAAUGAAGGGCAAGUGGGAGUGAAGAUGGUGGGCCCAUAGAGGACUGUGGAUCCUUAAAGGACUGUGUAAAUCAUGUCUCUGGGAUGCAGAGAAAGCUCAUUUUUAUAUGA